CUCCUCGCCCGGAGGGCCGGAGCCGGAGUCGCGCCCCGCCCUCCCGGGGCCCGGCCCGGCUGGAGCGGCGGGAGCCGGGAAAGCCCGCGCCGGCGGUCGCCGCCCGCCCGCCGGGCUCGCGCGGAGAAGAGGGAGGAGAAACUUUGCCUUUUAUUGUUGCCUUUAGUCCUUAAGUGCAAGGAACUCUGCCAGGAGGAAAAAUGUCCUUCUUCAAUUUCCGUAAGAUCUUCAAGUUGGGGAGCGAGAAGAAGAAGAAGCAAUACGAACAUGUGAAGAGGGAUCUGAACCCCGAGGAGUUUUGGGAAAUUAUAGGAGAACUGGGGGACGGAGCCUUUGGAAAAGUGUACAAGGCCCAGAAUAAAGAGACCAAUGUUUUAGCUGCUGCAAAGGUGAUUGACACGAAAUCUGAAGAAGAACUUGAAGAUUACAUGGUUGAGAUUGAUAUAUUAGCAUCUUGUGAUCACCCAAAUAUAGUCAAACUUCUGGAUGCCUUCUAUUAUGAGAACAAUCUUUGGAUCCUUAUUGAAUUUUGUGCAGGUGGAGCGGUGGAUGCGGUGAUGCUUGAACUUGAGAGACCUUUAACUGAGUCCCAAAUACAAGUAGUUUGUAAACAGACUCUAGAGGCCUUGAACUACUUGCAUGAUAAUAAAAUCAUCCACAGAGACCUAAAGGCUGGCAACAUUCUUUUUACCUUAGAUGGAGAUAUUAAGUUGGCGGAUUUUGGAGUAUCAGCUAAAAACACAAGGACAAUUCAAAGAAGAGAUUCCUUUAUUGGCACACCAUAUUGGAUGGCUCCUGAAGUAGUCAUGUGUGAAACAUCUAAGGACAGACCCUAUGACUACAAAGCUGAUGUUUGGUCCCUGGGUAUCACUUUAAUAGAAAUGGCUGAGAUAGAACCACCUCAUCAUGAAUUAAAUCCAAUGCGAGUGCUGCUAAAAAUAGCAAAAUCAGAGCCCCCUACCUUAGCACAGCCAUCAAAAUGGUCUUCAAAUUUUAAGGACUUUCUAAAGAAAUGCUUGGAAAAGAAUGUGGAUUCCAGGUGGACUACAUCUCAGCUACUGCAGCAUCCCUUUGUUACGGUUGAUUCCAACAAACCAAUUCGAGAGCUGAUUGCAGAGGCAAAGGCUGAAGUAACAGAAGAAGUUGAAGAUGGCAAAGAGGAAGAUGAUGAUGAGGAAACAGAAAACUCUUUGCCAAUACCUGCAAGUAAGCGUGCCUCAUCUGACCUCAGUAUUGCCAGCUCUGAAGAAGAUAAACUUUCACAAAAUGCUUGUAUUUUGGAAUCUGUCUCAGAAAAAACAGAACGUAAUGCUUAUGAAGAUAAAUUUAACAGCAAAGUUCUUAAUGAAAAUCUCACCACUGGUGAACCUGAGAAAGCUGCAGAGGGUGUUAAUGAACAUAUUAAUGAUGCUCACUUAGAAGCUAUGGCUGAACUUCGUAAUAGAACAACAGUAAUCGAGGAAAAUGGAAGAGAGGAGAAGAGACCCAAGCUUGAAAAUUUGCCUGACACAGAAGACCAAGGAAUAGUGGACAUUAAUUCAGUCAGUGAAGGAAAAGAGAAUAACAUAACUUUAGAAACAGAUACUGAACAUAAUCUGAAACCUGAGGAAGAAAGGGAUCAGGAAAAACAACAGAUAUUUGAAAAUAAGAUUAUGAAAUCUGAAGAAACUAAAGAUACUGCUCUUCAGACAAUGGAUUUAGUUUCUCAAGAGACUGGAGAAAAAGAGGCAGACAUUCAGCCAGUUGAAAAUGAAGUUAAAUUUACAAAGGAAGACAGCCAAGAGAAAUUGGGAAAAGAUGACAAAAUUCUAGAAGAUGUGAUCAGUGAUACAAGCAAUUUGAUAGGAAGGAAUGAGACAGGAGAUGUUGCUCAGAAGGCAGUUGAAAGCAAUGCUGAGGAUGCUCAGGGUAAUGAUGGGAAAGAAGUGACUGAAGUAGACCAGAAAUUAGUAAGUAAGCCCACAGAAGGUCCCGAGGCUGGUGUUACUGAGAAAGUUCCUAUUAAAGAUGUAGUGGAAACUAAUGAGAUAGAUCAGAAAUCUGUGGAAGGUAAAGAUGAGGAACAAUUAAUCAGCAGUUUAGAGAACAUAGUGAAGACCAAUGAGGAAUCUGGGACAAAUGAAGGUGAGGAAAUUACUGAGUCCAGUAGCACUGAAGAAAGAAAGGUCAGACGUGCAGUAACUCAUACGGACCACAAGGUUUUAGGAAGUGAAACUCGGGAUGCUCAUGAAGCCACUGUUCAGAUAGAUACAGAGCAAAAAGCAAUUCCAUGUGACGUGCCAAUUAAAACAGAACCUCAACUGACUCCAUCUUUACAGCCCAGUGAACUUCAGCCUGUUCCAAUACCGAGUAUUAAUAUCAACUCUGAAGAUGCAGAAAAUAAAGGGGAAAUAGGUGCAUUAUCAAAAACUGAAACCAUGCUGGUUCCAGAAUCUGAGAAUCAAAAGGAAAAUGAUACUGAUUCAGGCACUGGUUCCACUACUGAUAAUAGCAGCAUUGACUUGAAUUUAUCCAUCUCCAGCUUCCUAAGCAAAACUAAAGACAGUGGAUCAAUAUCUUUGCAAGAAACAAGAAGACAAAAGAAAACGUUGAAGAAAACACGCAAAUUUGUUGUUGAUGGUGUAGAAGUGAGUGUAACAACGUCAAAGAUAGUUACAGAUAGUGAUUCCAAAACUGAAGAGUUGAGGUUUCUUAGACGUCAGGAGCUUCGGGAGUUAAGAUUCCUUCAAAAAGAAGAGCAGAGAGCCCAACAACAGCUCAAUAGCAAGCUACAACAACAGCGAGAACAAAUUUUCCGGCGCUUUGAGCAAGAAAUGAUGAGCAAAAAGCGACAAUAUGAUCAAGAAAUUGAGAAUCUAGAAAAACAGCAGAAACAAACUAUUGAACGUUUAGAACAAGAGCACACAAAUCGCUUACGAGAUGAAGCCAAGCGCAUUAAAGGAGAACAAGAGAAAGAGUUGUCCAAAUUUCAGAAUAUGUUAAAGAACCGAAAGAAGGAGGUUAUAAAUGAAGUGGAGGAAGCACCCAGAGAGCUGAGAAAAGAGCUCAUGAAACGCAGGAAAGAGGAGCUUGCACAAAGCCAGCACGCUCAGGAACAGGAAUUUGUUCAGAAGCAACAACAAGAAUUAGAUGGCUCUCUGAAAAAGAUCAUCCAACAGCAGAAGGCAGAGCUAGCCAAUAUUGAAAGAGAGUGCCUGAAUAACAAACAGCAACUCAUGAGAGCUCGAGAAGCUGCAAUUUGGGAGCUUGAAGAACGACACCUACAAGAAAAACACCAGCUGCUUAAACAGCAACUUAAAGAUCAGUAUUUCAUGCAAAGACAUCAGCUACUUAAGCGCCAUGAGAAGGAAACAGAACAAAUGCAGCGUUACAAUCAGCGACUUAUUGAGGAAUUAAAAAACAGACAGACUCAAGAAAGAGCAAGACUGCCCAAGAUUCAGCGCAGUGAAGCCAAGACUCGAAUGGCCAUGUUUAAGAAAAGCUUGAGAAUUAACCCAACAGCCACACCAGAUCAGGACCGUGACAAAAUUAAACAGUUUGCUGCUCAAGAAGAAAAGAGGCAGAAAAAUGAGAGAAUGGCUCAGCAUCAAAAACAUGAAAAUCAAAUGCGGGAUCUUCAGCUGCAGUGUGAAGCCAAUGUCCGGGAGCUGCAUCAGCUGCAGAAUGAAAAAUGCCACCUAUUGGUUGAGCAUGAGACUCAGAAACUGAAGGAGUUAGAUGAGGAACACAGCCAAGAAUUAAAGGAAUGGAGAGAGAAAUUGAGACCCAGGAAAAAGACACUGGAAGAAGAGUUUGCCAGGAAACUGCAGGAACAGGAGGUGUUCUUUAAAAUGACUGGGGAGUCUGAAUGCCUUAACCCAUCAACACAGAGCCGGAUUUCCAAGUUCUAUCCUAUUCCUAGCUUGCAUUCCACUGGGUCAUAACAACAGGAAGCAUUCUGUGGUUGGGUUUGGCUUUUUAGAUAUGUCAUUCUGUUCUCUUCAUCUUCUGCCACAAUCUAUAUCAGAGAGCUUAUGAAGACAAUCACCUGCCUCACCUUCUAAGUGUUUUUUUUUUUUGUUUUGUUUGUUUAGCAAAGAUGAAGGGAAAGGAACCCAGACAGAUGCUGGGCCAUGUUGGCAAAGUGGCAUCUUGGCAGUAAUUCCCUAAGGUGAUUUUGUAUAUUAAUCUUAAAAAUUGUUUUCUUUAGACACUGUUACCUGAAAAACUGUUAGUAUUGAUGUUUGAAGUUAUUAUUAUUUUUUUAAAAAGCUGUUAGGCCAUUGAGUAUUAGUAAAUAUCUUUUUACCUGGCCUGACUUCUCAGUGAUGCCUAAAUUCUAUAGCUACAACUCUGCUGUAGAAAGUUGGAAUAAUUUUCUUUUGGGGAAUCAGCUCUCAGUGAUAAAGCUAUGAGUUGCUCAAAAUACCAUAUUGAUUGAAUAAAUAAAUCUAUUUUGUCUUUACAUAGCAAAGACUCUUUUAAAAAAGAAACAUUAUUGAAAUAAUUUGUCUAAAGUAAUUACCUGUUUAGUCAUGAGUUAAUAAUUAAGGGUGCUAAUUUUAUUAAAAUAGUGCCUAAAACACUAAAUUUCAGUUGAGUCUGAAGUACGAUUUCCUUUUUUGAUUCCACAGGGACAAACAUCCUUAGCAUUAAGCAUUAUUGUUUUUUAAAUCUUGUUCCUAUUACCAUUCGAUAGAAAUUUUCAUCCUAAAAUAUAUGUUGUGCAAAGUUGGAAAGAUUAAAAAAAGGUAGCUUUUAGAUAUUGAAAUUGGAAGUAUAACACUCACCAAAUUGAAAGAAGUAUAGACUUAGGGUCCUAGCUUACUGCCUACAAUAAUCCGUGAGCUGGCUAAGUGACCUCUCCCAUCCUAGCGCAUCUUGUUCAUUGAAAACUCUGCCUGAGGCCUUCAGGCUCUGAGUUAUACUUAUAAAUGUAUUUUCUGACAUUCAUUGUAAAAGAGGCAUAUGUUCAGAAUACUUUUUUCUUAAUCAAAAAAGGAUUUAAAUAAAGUAUUUAGGCAAUGUCAGAGAUGACUUUGUUGUUGAGAGAAAGUCAUUUGUAUUUCGGUUUUAUUUAGUUUCACGUUUAAAUUAUUUACUUUGAUUUGAGUGGGAAAAGCCUGAAUAUCAUGUGGUUGCCGAUACAUGUAAUUAUUAAUAAGAUGUUCACUCUUGGUCCCUCUUGUGACUCACAAUUCCAAGCCCAAGUCCGCUCAGACAGUGUUAUGCAGUGUACUUUGGUGGCUGAGAUGGCCCAUUUGUAAAUGCUGUUUGCCAUUUUCAACCUAUUCACUUUUAAGAGUACUAAGUACCAAACUGCAAACAUUUCAGUUUUUAGUUAUAUGCUGUUUGAGGCUGGUGAAAAAUUUAAGUGUAAUUUUGUGGGAACACGGAUUCAUAAUAAGAAAAUGUAAAUAUCUGUAGCACUUUCUUGCAGUUAAUUUGAAAACUUUGAAUGCUGGACCUUAUUUCGUCAGUGAUUUAGAGGAUUUGAAAAUGCAUGUGAUUUUAAUUUUGUAAUUGUUUUGACAAGCAUAAUUUCUUGGACAACUUUGUAGGUAGCCUUAACUUCUGGCCAAGUUUGUUUUUUAUAUAAAUAUAUACAUAUAUAUAUAUUAUGUAUGGUUGUAAAUUCAUACACUUAUCACAUUGAAUGUGUUACUGUAUACAAAACUCUUUUAAUGCUUUAUUCUCAAAUGCUGGGUUGAAAAUGUUUUGAAAGCCUUUUAAAGUAUAUAUCUUUAUAAAGUAAUAUUCAGGAUGAUGAUGGAAAUUGUUUAUAUUGUUAUGCUAAAAAUGACAGUAUAAUGUUACCCAAUGUAUUUAAUGAUUUAUUUGCAGAAGGAGAGAGGAGGAAGGUUCUCAUACCAUUCUCUCUGUUGAAAUUUUCAGUUUAUUGGCUUUAUAAAAAAAUAUUUCAGGUAGUAUACACUUUUUCAGUAUCUUUUAAAGAUAAUCCUGUGUCUUAAAUAGUUUGUGGCACAUAAUUAAUUUGGUCUGAAUAUUUGAUUCUUUUUAUUCCUUUCAACUUGACAUGAGAGUAUUGAAUAAAGAAAAGAGGCUCAGAGUAGAAUGGUUGACACUCUGGUAAGUUUGUUAGCAAAUCUUGUAAAACCCUUAAAACUGCCUUUUGGAUUCAGUGUUCAUGUAGAGGUUCUCUUUCAAAUACGACCAUAUUCUUGUGGGGGCAGGACUGCAAAAUGAUACAUGUGUAGAGAUGGAACAUUCAUUUUAAUGCUUAAAGUUACAUAAAUCUUUUCAAAGAAGGUGUUUUGUUAUAGAAUAUGCUGUUCUAACCCAUCCCUGAUCACUUCUUGUUGGGCCCUAUAUCCAAAUUGAUAAUAGUGAUCUUUUUUUUGUUUUGUUUUGUUUUUUUUUAAUAGUGAUUUGUUUGUUCUUGCAUGAAGUGUAGGUGAGGAGUUGGGGAGGGGCACAGACUUCUUUGAAAGAGUACAAUCAGAUCUAUUCCUGACUUGGAGGUUUUGUUGGCGGUGGCAGAAUGUGCUAUGAAACGCGUAAAAGAAAUUGUCCGUGUACGCCUUGACGACAGCCUCCCUCUUCUCUCUGUGUGCUGUGGAUAAGCCACACACUGCACUUCUGCAGGCCUAGCUCGCAGAGCUGGUCGCACCAGGUUGCCUUUCCUUGUCCUAUCAGUCGUAGUUGGGUGUGAAUUGCUGAAUUAGCUGCUAUUCUGUAUGAAGUCACAAUUAAGCUUUUUCCUACCCUUUUCAGUGGGGAAGCUGGGGCGGGGGGAGCAGUGGGGAUAAAGAGGAAAUUGAGAGUGCUUAUACUUUGUUGAAAAUAUUAGAACUUUCCUGUGACAGGAUACAGCAAAUUGUAAUUAAAUAUAAACCAGAACCAGAGCUACCUCUAAGUAGUGUUUCCUCAAGCACAAAGCUCUCAGGCAUAUGAGACCCUCUCUAAUGGAGAGUCUCUGAUUUCUUGAGCAUCAGCGAGUUCAGAAGUGACUGUCUUUUGUACUCUGUUAGUUCCCUGGUAACUACACACUUUCUCCCAUUCCACACUGUGCUUAAAUGACAAAGACUCUUCUGAGAAGCCAAAUUCUGUCCAAAAUGAGCUCUAGGUAUUGUUGAUUAAAGGAAAGCCUGGAACUGGAGUGGAAGAGGAGAGUUACUUACCAGUUCUGAGAGUCUUCCAAUGAAAUAAAUCACUUCUUUUCGGGGAAAUGAUCUUUUAUAGAAAAUGGGAUAUUUUAAGUGCUUUUCUUGAAGGCACAACAGUUAAUGCCGCUCUUGUUGCUGGUCUGUGGCUGACAUGGUUUUGACCUGGCUUUAAAAUUUCUGCUAAGCUUGAGCAGAAUGUUAUACCAGUUUUAAACGUUGGCUGCAGCUUUUGGUGAUUCUUGGCUGACUUUUGCAUAAUCACUUCAUGAGCUAAAUUUUCAGGAAGAAUUUUGUUUCUGAUUAUGCCUCUUGUCUAUUUGGGAGCAACAUGUCUUUUCAAUCAUGGGAUUGACAAAUGAAAAAUAAAGUUAUUUCUUAACCUA